AUGUUGGAUCUUAAUGUUAACAUCACUCUCACCACUGAUGCCAGUCUUGAUUAUGAGAAGGCAAAAGAUAUGGAGGUCGAGGAGCUUCCACAGGGCUCAAGGACCCAAAUGGAAGACUCCGGGACCUCAAACUCCUCCGUUGUCAAUGCCGAAGAAGCUCCGACUCCGAGCAAUGCCGGCGAGGAAGACUCAACUAACAACACUACCUCAUCCUUCAUCUUUGAUAUCUUGAAGAAAGACAAAGACGGUCUCUGCAACACUACCUAUUACGGUGAGGCCAAAGACCAAAACCCAUCUCUACAAUUCGUGACAAGGUCGCUUUUUCCGGUGACCGGAGACGGCGGAGGAGGCAAGGAGGCAGAGUGUGGGUUGGGAUUGUCUUCGGCGUCGUUGACGGCAAGGCCUCAGUGGCUGAACUUGUCGUUUGCUGAGUCUGGUGGCCAAGCUCAGGCUGAGCUGAGAAUUAUGCAACAGAAAAAACCGCAGCCUCGGAAAAGCAGAAGGGGGCCGAGAUCUCGGAGCUCUCAGUACCGCGGCGUCACGUUUUACCGGAGAACAGGGCGGUGGGAAUCGCAUAUAUGGGAUUGUGGGAAGCAGGUAUAUUUAGGUGGAUUUGAUACUGCUCAUUCUGCAGCUAGAGCAUAUGAUCGGGCUGCAAUCAAGUUUAGGGGAGUUGAUGCUGAUAUCAAUUUUACUUUAGGUGAUUAUGAGGAAGAUAUGAAACAGCUGGGGCAUCUGAAUAAAGAAGAAUUUGUGCACGUGCUUCGUCGCCAAAGCACCGGAGCCUCGCGUGGGAAUUCAAAAUACAGAGGUGUAGCUCUGCCCAAAUGUGGUGGUGCUGGUGGUAGAUGGGAAGCUAGGAUGGCACAAUUUCCUGAGAAAAAGGUCUUUGAGAAGGAGGGCAUCAAAUGCAACACAGGAAGAGAAGCAGCAGCAGUUACCAACUUUGUUGAUCCUAGCAUCUAUGAAGGGGAGGUGGUUUUAGAUGCAAGCAUUGAAGGCAGUGGCCAUAACCUUGAUCUCAGCCUUGGGAUUUCUCAGCCUUCUUCUGGUCAAAAGGGCAAUGGCAAUCUGGGGGAUUUUCAAUUUCGUUACAAAGAGAGGCCAAUGGUUAAUGGCUCUGCUGCUUCUGCAGCUGUGGGGCAAACCCCUCAUGUUCUAACAAUGUUAGCCAAGCAUCCUGCCUUAUAUUCUGGGAUGUAUCCAGGUUUCUUACAAAAACAUGAGGAAAUGGAUUCAGAUCACAACAGAGCCCAAGCUGUUUCUUCACCGAGAUAUACAAACUGGGCAUGGCAAGUGCAUGGAAACAGCCAGAGUGUUAGCCCAGUGCAAGUGUUUUCUAUUGCAGCAUCAUCAGGAUUCCCAUCUUCUAUGGCUUCUACAGCUCCUCCAGCAGCUAAUUAUUUUCCACCAAACUUCCAAGGCAGUGCUUCUGCCUCCUACAACGUCAGCCGCCUUCCUUUUCCUACCCCAUCCACCAUGUAA